UGCUGCUAAACCUCAGCAACCUUUGCAUGAUAGAUAGCAGGAUAAUAACACAGUUGGCAUUUAAAGGUAACUUAGAGACCCUGAUCCCGUCUCUGCUGGACUUGAUUUACACUUUCUGUGUUUUUGGUUUGCAUCGACCCACCGGAGAUAUUACAGCAUCAUGCCACAAGUCUAUUAUUUUAAUGAUUCCAGAGCUUCAUGUUAUUGUACAGGUAUGACAUUACUUUGUAUAUAAUGUGUUUCUUAGGUGGUUCUCAGCUGACACCUGUAGCAACAAUUAAGGCCUAAUGUGGUUCCAGCUGAAGUUUACACCCUCUGUAUGGAUUAAAUGUCACUUCAGCCUGUCCACUCUUUGUGUUUACCUCCUAGCUCUCCUUCUUUUCUCCUCUUUUCAUCCUGUUUUCUUCUCCUCUCUGGUCUCUCGGGUCCCCUAAAGACCCACGUUGUCAGCUCGCAGACGAGCAGCAUUUACAACACCGAGGAGCUCUGCUCUCAGCUGCUGUAAUGUGCUUUUCUUCCAGAGAUGCAUGAACAAAACGCAACCACGGGCAUGUGUGAUGGGCUAGAGGGGAACAAACACUUUGUGCUCAUAAACAGAAGAAGAAUGUGAGGGAGGCAGCUGCCUGAGGAGACAGGGAAGCAGAUCAGCAGGGAAGGAUUAAAAGACCAUUAACUGCAUGUUUGUUUGAUUAUCAAACAUGCUCUAUAAGUAGUGAAGAUGUAAUUACCAGGAUCACACACGCUCUCUGUGCAGAUCAGAGAGGAGUGUGUGUGUGAGGCUGAGAUAUGUUGUCAGAGACUAAUAGUGCUCCGGAGAACUAUUUAAAUAGUUUGUCUGUCAGGUUGUACAACACGUCUCAGCUUCUACAUCUAGUCUCUCAGAUGAAUGUGGAGAGUCGUUUCCUGUAGAUUUAUUGCCGACGUUGACACGUUAUCAUGCUAACGGUAGCGUUGUGCUUCCCUCUUCUCACGGCUGCUCGUUCGUCUAUAGGUUCUUACUCCUGAUGCUGAAUGAAUAACUUUACUAUUUAAAUUGUCUAAGUUCAUUAAAUGUCUACACCUAGAUAAAAGUUUGUUAUUAAAAAGGUCUACAUUGAUUCACAGAGCCGUCUCUUUUUAUUCUUCUUGUCAUCCAUCUUUAUAACCCGAAGCCCUCUGAUGACGACUAACCUGUUUCCAUGUUUCAUCUUCUCCUUCUGCUGCCCUCUCUUUCCUAACCCACGGCUCAUUUUGCUUUUUAUUCAUUUAUUGUAUUCAUUUGCUUUCAGGUACUGGCGGGGAUGAAUGUGCACCCGGCUGAGUUUGAUGGCCUCAAGCAGGAGUACAACGUCAAAGGCUACCCGACCUUCUGCUACUUUGAGAAGGGGAAGUUCCUCCACCAUUACGAAGACUACGGAGCCACAGCCAAAGAUAUCGCCGACUGGAUGAAGAACCCUCAGCCCCCCCAGCCGAAGACCCCCGAGGUGCCGUGGACGGAGACGGACUCCCCGGUGUUCCACCUGACCGAUGAGUCCUUUGACGGCUUCCUGGAGGAGCAUCCUGCAGCGCUCAUCAUGUUCUACGCCCCCUGUGAGUAACAGUCAGUUACUGAUCAGCACAAGAACCAACAACCAGAAACCUGAAAGAUAUUAAAUCUAGUUUUGCACACUAUACCGAUACCAGAAAUGUGUCGUAACAAUAAAGAAAUGUAUUUAACACGCUCCUUUAAAUGUCAUAAAUACAGCAGAGAGGAGUUUCACUUCAGUCCUUCCUGCCGUGUCAAACAACAGAACUCUUUAUUUAGUCAGACGAAUACCAUCAUAGCAUCACACUCAUCCUCACAGCUCUUCAUCAUGGCCGCCAUAUGGUUCACAUAAGCUCGCUUGUCAUUGUGUUGUUCACACACCACACUGCUGUUGUUACGCACAACGUUUGUGAACACGAAGCCACAUUCUCUCGCUGGUGUUUUUAGUUUUUUCUCAGUUUGCUCUGCUUUGGUCGUGCGUGUUCAUCCACACGACAUCCGGCCUCAUGCAGAUACAUCAGAAUCACAUUCAGCAGCUACGACGACGCAAAAUAUUCCCUGGUCUUUGAUUAUUUCUGCGUCCUCUUUACUUCCUCCCCCCAUCCUUCCUCCUCUCCCCCUCUCUGUAAACACCCAUGCGUGAAUAAGAAGAGGAUCUUCUUCCCCGAGCUUUCACCAUAAUGAUGAUUCAUUGUUUUUCCUAAAUUUCAUCACAUACUUUGCUGCAGAGUUUUCAUACCUCCGGGUUGCCGGCAGCGCUGCGCUCCACACCAGAGGGCGGGAAAAAAGAAAAACACUCCAACUGUUAAAGUGAUAAAAAAAGAAAGACGACAUCUUUAACUCUCACUGCUACGUCGACUCAUUACUCGCUGCCUGAAACUCGCAUAUUUAAACCAACUUCUGCAAGUUGGGGAGUAGAAAUGUAGCGACGAGGGAUUUAUGGAAAUGUGAUCCGCAGAAAAAUACGAGACGGUUUAUGUAUCAGGUCAACAUGUUCCUACAUGUCUUAAAGGGACAGUAGUGAUGGUUCUUCUUUUUAUUAUCACAGAAAAUAACCACAGCUUUUAUUUACUCAACUUCUCCUCAAACAGAUAGAAGAAAGCUUUCUAUGACUUUUAACUCUCAUACCAUUCAUGCUGCGAAGUAUGUUAAUAUAAUACAAUUUAAGAAAUCCUGCAUUCUCUCUAAUGUCCACCAGGGGGCGACUCCUCU